CUUUGUGCCUGACAUAAAUUUAUUUGGAUUAUUAAACUUAAAUUGCGAUAUUGUUGUGUGUGUAGUAAAGGCAGAUAAAAUAAUGACAGCUGAUGCUGCUUUUUGGUCGAACGAUAGGGUCAAACGUACACAGUGGAAAAACCUUUUGAAAUCCUCCCCCUCUUGAGAUGUCUGGGCUCGGAGAUAGUUCAAAAAGAAACCGGACGAAUUGAGACAAAAGGGCCCUAGGCCGUAAUACAACUACCAGCUAGAGGCUAAAAGAGGCUGGCAGGCUGAACUACAGGAGGCGACCCCAGAACAUGCCCCCCUCACCCCCGCCCAUCAACACGACCUACCCACACAUCCCCAACAACACAUACUUCACAUCCGACCAAGACGAAGUGGAACAAGGAUUCACUGACUUGCAAACAGUACUAUUAGCAUGUUUCAUCAUAUUACUGCCUUUGAUGGUUGGACUCGUGUCAUAUUUCUGCAUAAAGUUGCUCAACCGGAUAUCAAGGCGGCUCGCUCGCAUCCAGAGAAUGCCAAGACCCAAUUUUAUAUCAUUUUUGAGGAGGUUCAGGGUGAAUGUGGAACCGAGUGGCUUCGGUAAAACUAUUGACAAAGAGAGUGCUGAAAGGAACAAGAGUAGUCACGCCCUCCUCAAUGAUCAGCUGAAAGCAAGUGAAUCUCAGUUUUCGGUGAUCCCAGUGGAGGAUGGCGAAGACAAAUCUGGUACGACUACAUAUGCAGCAGGGGGAAAUCAGACGAGUAAGUCAACGGCCAAUGGAAGCAUAAUAACAAUGACAAUGAAGAACAACCAUCUUAUAGUCGAAACAGAGGAGAGAGUGGCUGAUGCAGUAGGAGAUCCUUCUGCUGAAAGCUCUGGUGUUUUUGUAGUUGAAGUAGAACCAAACAUGUCUGUUGUUGCGGCUACGCAAAGUGUAGAACCGGAUGAUGCAAUCGUUCACAAUGUCCUGCCAGAAGCCAAGGAUGAAGCCAUGGGUGUGAAUACUGGACUUUCCCAGUCAGAUCUUAGCUGUUCUUCACACGGCUCGUGCUACAGAGAUUUCACAUAUGGCACACAACAAGAAUACACGGGUGAGACUGAUUUCACACAACUAGUCUGCCAUAUCGUAGCAUCCGCCGAAGACGACACCUACCUAGACAAACAGCACCCUUACCUUUUAAACGACGACAGCAUCGACGAUGUCAAAGAGGGAGAAGAAGAAAUUCCAAAAGACGGAGAGGAAAACGCAGGAUUUGUAGCCACUCCUGCUGAGCCCAUAGCACCAGACACGACCUCACCAUCUGCUGAAGUCAACUCGUAGAGAAAACUUAUUCCCAGUGAUGGAGACGAUGAGCGCAUAAUAUAUGUAUAAAAUAUUUUGAUUCGUCAAAAUGAUUACGAACUUGCCUUAUUAGUUAAGUUAAACAUUUUUGAGAGCUUUUUUAAAUUUUAUUUUAUCAUUUGUCAGUGAGAAAAAACUAUU